UUCCUCGUUUUAACAAAAUAUUACUAUUUGCAAAGUUUGAAAACAAUUUGAAUGAUGAAAGCUAUUGGGACAAAUAAAACUGCUUUUGUAAUCGGACAUUCGAUACAAUCAUGUCCUUGAAUACAGCUUAAUGCCUAUGCAAAUUGCAUGGGAUUUGAAUUUAAUUUGAGAUUGCCAAUACUUAAAGAAUCGCACAACUGCGCAUUCUUUAUUUACUGACACAGAAAAUCGUGAAAUUGAGCAGGCGCAAUCUUGAUAAACAGGGUCCGCAAUUUACAAUGCGACAUUCGUUUUCACAUUCGACUAGACAUUUCGCGUUCUCGUUUACACAUUCGGAGGGUUUUGGUUUGGUGUAACAAAAGCAGGUUUUGUAAUGCAAUAACCAAUUACAAAAAAAUAAAGCCACACUAUUGAACUUUGUUUCAGUUCCUAAAGAAUCUGAGAAAAGUAUUAUUAAGCCAUACGCACCUGCAAUAUUUUUCGAUUUCCCGUAAAAUUUUCAGAGAAACUGAUCAAAAUCGACACAGCACUCCAAGCAAAGAUUCGACUGGAAAAACUACCUAAAACUCGCAUAUUUGUACUCGAAUAACUUGUGUGUGAGAUCGACCAAGCUCGGUCCUGUGUUUGUUGUGUAAAGAGAGCAAAAUGUAUUAUCUGAAAGGAGGAAAAUAAAAGAUUGUGGUAAACAUGAUUGCCUUAUUGCAAUGACUGUAGACUAAAACUACACUUACGUUCAAAAAGUAUUGGGGACACCCUUCGAAACUUCGAAGACAUUCUAUGCAACAAAUUUGGAAAGACUUUUUAAAAUCUUUCUCAUUUAAAAGAUACGGCAGCUAUUUCCAUGAAACUUUCACACGACGUGUUGAUAUCUUGAAGCCUUUUAUGUACGCCAAAAAAUUAAAAAUACAUCGACCAUAAAAUUUAUAUAGGUCUCGAGACGAAAACAUGGAAGCUCUGAAAACUCAAAAACUGAGUUAAGAGAAGCGCUUACAAAUUGCUUUCUACUAAAAUAAAGCAAAUGGAUUUUGCGAUAUUGCAUCAAUUUUCGGCUGCUCGUUGAGUGCAGCUUUUCUGGUGUGUAAAAAGUUUCCCCGUACAAGAACAGUAAAAAAUUUACCAAGGGUUGGCAGACCGAAGAAGUUUACGCACCGAGGGACGACAGGUCUUUACUGGGGGAACUGCGAAGUAAUAGAUUUUUACAUGACACCAUGUUGUCAUGUAAAAAGAAGCUAAAUAAUGGAACAUAAGCAAAAACAUGGCUAUAAAAGUCAUGAAAAAUACAAAUUUUCCAGCGUUAUAUAAAGAAAAUGCUCUCUCAAAGCAAAAAUUAAUCAUCGACGAUGAGUACAAUGGCUUCUCCUUUAAUGUUACGCAAUUUUAAAAGUAGCUUGAAUAUAUGCAAUAGUUUAAUAAAAUUGUAGCAUUUUCGUCGAUGAAGAUAACUUUUUUUGAAGCUUAAAAGUUUGAUUUUAUAAUUUCUUUUAUAAUUUUUUUGUUAUGCAAACGUGAAAUUAAAAAGUUGUAUUUGUUUGGACAUCUCUAAAAUUUUUGGAAGGUCAUGUGACUUUGAUAUUGUUAGGCCAUUCAACCCUUCUGUAUAUUUUGCUGUUAUAAUCAGGAAAAUCGAGAAAAUCCUGUGUUUUCUUGGUUAUGCUUCAUAAGUUGAAGCAUUUUGUUAACUUUUUAUUCCAUUUUGGGGAAACUUAGGCCUAGAUUAUUUGUAGAAAGACUGCCCAAAUCUGAAAAAGUUUCCGUUGCAAAACCGAAUCCAACAGAACGCCAUAAUUCGUUUAUCGAAUUCGUCCCAAUACUUCUGAACGUAAGUGUAAAUUCUGAAAAUCUGACGGUUAUCCGUGCGACCUGUGCGACACCCUGAAUCCGCCCCUGCUGCUUUUGCUACACCAAACCAAAAGCCUCAGAAUGUGUAAACGAAUGUCGCAUUGUAAAUUGCGGACCAGCAAAAUGCCAUAGAAAUAUAAAAUACAGAUGCUUCUUGGUUGGUUGACAGUGGGUGUCCAACGAAAGCACAAAUUUUCAAACGGACUAUCCGGUUUCCCGUAUCCCGAUCUCAUGGUAAUCAUUAGGACUGAAGAAGAUCCUACGAGGAAGCUCAAGCAGAAUUUGUUGCUCAGCAGAUCACACCGUUUAAGCGAAAGCUUGUUUUGUGGAGAUCAAUAGUAAACAUCUUCGACUGUUGGCAUUUUACUCAAGACUGGAAAACAUUUUAAUGACGCCUGUCAAAACAUUCGCUGCGGAAAAGAGCCUCAUUCCAUAAACUGGUGUUGCUGUUCUGUAAAUGGCCUUUUGCAACCACAGCAGAAGUUAUUCAAAUCAGUUGCAAGCUGCUGUUGUCCAGGACUACUUGGAGAUGCUUUGUCAAUUUUCCGUUGCUCUCCAACGUUUUUAAUCCUGUUGAAUCUUGCACCGGAUCCCCCAGUCAGUAUGCUGUCGAUCAGAAAAACGAUCUCGUUUAGGCAAAAUCGAUUGUCUUUAGCCAUUACUUUUGUCUGUUUGCUGUAUGUUCUUGGGAUGAUUGCUAUUAAUUUAUACAGUGACACACACAGUACCCAUAAAAGAAUUUACGUAACUGAAUUACCAGAUCUGCAGAUUCAAUUACACUCGACAACAACAACAGCAGCAGCAGCAGCAACAACAACAGCAGCAGCGUCAGUUUCGUCAUCUGCUUCCUCUAAUCUUUCGUCAUUUGACAAAAGCUUUUGUCCUGUUAAUGGCGAAAAGCUGGUUGGUUCCUUGCGUGUUGAUAUUAACAAAAUGGUGCAAGAAGCUGCUAAUAUUGACAAUCUCUCCAUAAAAAACGGAGGAAAAGUGCAUCUGGGAGGCUGGUGGCGUCCCGAACAUUGCAAACCAAAAUACAAGGUAGCGUUUUUGUUACCGUACAGAAACAGAGAGUUGCAGCUGAAGAUGUUCCUCUAUCACAUGACACCGAUUCUUCAACGCCAGUUAUUGGAGUACAGGAUGUUCGUCAUUGAACAGACUGGAAAAACAGCGUUCAACAAAGGUGCCAUUUAUAAUAUAGGUUUCAAUAGCACACUGCAGUUUGGAGAAUUUGAUUGUUAUAUCUUCCAUGAUGUCGAUCUACUGUUGGAGAAUGAUAAAAAUUAUCACGGCUGUGCUGCAUCGCCUGUCCAUUUGGCACCGGCUGUAAACACUCUAAAUUACAGACUGUUUGCUCCAGGACAUUUUGGUGGAAUUGAAUUAUUCACAAGGGAGCAUUAUGAAAAGAUCAAUGGCUUUACAAACAUGUUUUGGGGCUGGGGUGCGGAAGAUGAUGACCUUUACCUCAGGGUGGAUGCCAAAGGUCUUAAAAUAAUUAGACCACCGCUAGAAUUCGGCCGGUACACUAUGAACCAGCAGAAGCAUUUUAGAAGUGAUCCUUACAAUGAUAAAAAUGCACGAUUGGUGAGAAAAGCAAAGACAAGACAGGCAAAUAUGGACAAUGAUGGACUCCGUCAAAUCUCAAAAUUAAGUUUCACUCAGACAGUUGAGGAAAUGCCUUUGUUUACCAAGAUUUCAAUAGACCUACGGCAUAGUUGAUAGAGUGUAUUUCAUUGAAGUAUUUUUUUAUGUUGAAUGCACACAUCAGCUAGUAAUGUUUCAUCUGCUGCUAAAACGAAGCCAUUCCCCGUUUUGCAUGCAAAGGGCAUGCUCAUUUGUUGCAAAUAAGGUGAAUUGCUGGACAGCAGGUUCAUUUGUUCUUCUCCUCCCUCUCCUCAACAAAUCAGUCUGUUAAAAUACAGGUUUAUGGCCUAUGUGGUGAAAUGGAUCAGGUAUAUGACUCACAACCUAAGAGCAAGACUCUUAGGCAAAUGUUUAAGACACAUAGUGCCUCUCUCCAUCCAAGUGUAUAUUCGGGUACCUGUUCCGUCAGUGGCGCUUUUCUGCUAGUUGCUCCCGAGGAAAGCGACUAAGGGAUAUUGUUUAAAGCCGGUAGAAAAGCCCUUAGCUAUAAAUAUCGUCACUUCAAAGAUGUAUUUCUCCAGCACACCCUCUUGGGUAUCUUAUUUCUAGCGCCAGUUGUCCAAUUUAGGUCUCCCUUUAUUAGCCUGAUAACCAGAUCCUUUGAAAUUGGGGUCUGGUUAUCAGGCUAUCUCUCUAUCUGUCAAUUAACGGAAUUUUAUCUUCAAAAUAUUAAAGAAGAAAUAAACAUCUUUUUCUAAAUUUUGUAUUAAUUUACAGUCGCUCAUAAACUUUUAUAAAUGUAGCUAAUGAAUGUUUUGUUUUAUACAGCUUAUAAUCAAUUUAAAUUUGAUUUCUACAGCAAUAAUAUUUCCUGUAAGUACAGUAAACUCUGUCUAACUCGCAGUCCCUUGACCGUCCCUUGAAAUCUCCCAAUAAAUCUACAAAAACCUCUAUAAUCCAAAUCUUUGUUAUUCAAACUCUUCGUAGUUCCGCUAAUUUUUUCGGUUUUCUGAGAAAAACAACCUUUUGAGUUCGAAUUUUCUGCGUAAUUUAUUGGUAAUUUUUAUAUAGCCAGAUUUUAUCAUAUGUUCCUAACCAUUUCCGUUAAUUAAACUUUUUUAAAAUCGAAAUUUAUGUAAUUUUUGUGCCGGAAUAAAGCGACAAAGUUUGAGCCUAACUCGUGCCCGUAGAGACAAUAGAAUGCAUAAUUUUUUUAUAACUGUUGGGCGUGUUGCGACUUUUCUCGAAGAACUCCUGUAAAUCGAAAAUUUUGUAAUUCGAACGUUUUUACGAUCCCUCAGAGAGUUAAGCGUUGACGAAAUAUAUAUAUACACGAACAAAGAAAGCGUGGACUGACCGAGCUGCUAGCUUUAAAUAUUAUUUAAAUGUGAUAUAGUCUAACAUUGCUGGUUGCUUGAAGUUAGUGCUUUACGUUUCUCUUAACAAAAACCUUAAUAUUGUCGAAGACUCUUACACUCUUACAUUUUAAUUAUUUGUUACCUAUUUCAAUAGUUAGCUUUUGUGGGAUUACAAGAUUCUUGUUGUUUUUGAA